AUGGCAGCCUCCACUCCAGACAUGGAGGAACAGCCGUGGGUGGACAGAGUACAUCAAGCAGAGGACAUGUGGGUGACCUUGGUUAGCCUGGAUGCAGACGUACUAGUCGAGGCUCUGUCGAACUUGCCGGCAGACUUCCAAGGCCGCCUUGAACAAAUAGUCGACUGGUCCGGCCGUGUCAGACAUGCAGCAGCCUCUGGACAGACUUUCAUAGUCGAUACUGGGUUGGGAACUGCGAGCUGGCAUCUGGCCAGCACUUCCUCCUCAGACGCGCCUCAGGAUGCUACAGGCAACACCGACCAGGACCAGUCUUCGGCAGUCAGGUCUUGGGCAGACCAAUCUGAGGUCCCAGCCGUUUUGCAGCCCGUGACUCAGACACCACAGGCUACGGUAGACCCAGUCCAGUCUCUUCAAACGCCGGUUGUCGAACAGGUGCAGCCAGGCUUAGCCCAGGCUCAGGCCGCUAUGGGAACUCCGCAGCCGCUCAGCAAGAAGGGCACAGGCAAGGGCCCACGCCAGCCACCAGUUAAGGCGAUGCCACAGACGCCCACAGCCCAGAUCACAGCCCGGACUCAGGUACCGCCAGGACAGCCUCCAGCUAAGGCACAGCCACCAGCCCGGGUCGAUGACCCACCGGUGCAACUGCCUCAGCCAGCCUUGCAGCCAGGCACCAGGGGAGUUGGUCCCGUGGCGUUCCCAGGCGAACUGGUGGGCUACAACGCCGGCAUAUACUAUGCCAAAUGGGCAGCAGUCGGCGCGCACGGCCUCUUGCCUGAGGCCACUUACGAUUACCAAGGAGGGGGGGUCCAGUCGCAGCCACCGCAGACGCUGACAGCCGAGGUACAUCACGCACGCGGAGCAAAAGCAGGCCGGGAGGGGCCGUCUCUUGCCUCAGUCACGGCUUGUGCCAGACUUCCGCAGGCAGAGGGCGUGGAAGAAAGGACAAUGGCCUCGGUCAGUGACUCCACAGUCACCUUCAAGGCAAAGGCCACUCAGCAUGGUGUGCCCGAGGAAAGUCUUACAGCCUGGGCCACAGACGGAAUCCAGACAUACUCUCAGUUGUUGUUCCGUGUGGCCAGCGCGCCGAACGCUAUUGAUAGCGUCAAGCUGGACAAGCUUCUCAAGACCAUGAAGCCUCCAGCCACAGAUUCAGUCGCCUCAGCAGUCAACCGGCUUCUUUUUGAAGCCGGUACUUUCGUUGUUGCUGAGUUGAGAAGCAGUCUGGAGCAGCCCAGUGCAGAGCCAAGCCGCAGACUCUCCACUCAGGAGCGAACCAGUCGCUUGCAGGCUCUGCAGUCAAAGCUCGGGAGCUUUCGCAUUUCUGGGCAAUAUGAACCAAGUCAUCAGUUAGUCGAUGCCUUCAGCAGCAUGAUCUCAGACCAAUCAGUGCGCCACGUUCCGCUGGCCCGCUGUAGCUGUAGAGAGCAGGAAGUCUCCAACGUUAAGAAAGACGAGCACCUGCUCAGGCUGGAGAACUCAGCCCUCAGACUGGCCAGCAAGCCCCAGCCGCUCAAGGUUGACCUGUCAACAGAACUCAGAGUGGCCCAGGCGCUCAGCAGGCGUGGCAUAGCCAUGGAGAUGGCAGGCAUCGGGACAUUUGAAGUUCACGAGGCCUAUGCCCGAUCUCUCUUAGAGCACCUGCACAGACCGCCACCGCCCAAGUUUGAAGCGCCAGGGAUAGACUCUCUGCUCAGGGCUGACCGUGAGUUGUGGGUGCGCGUGGCUGAGGAAGUUGGUAGUGAGUUCACAGGUCCAGGCAAGGCAGACGCUAUCGACAACGCGAUCAAGAACUGGCAGCACAGCAUGCAAGUUGCAUACUUUCUCGUGCCAGUGCCCAAGCCAGAGAAGCCCGAGAAGCAGCCUUUCAAGAGGACCUGGGAACAGUCUUUCACAGGCGAGAAAGGUGUUGAGAAACAGCCGCCUAAGCCAGACUUAGCAGAAACAGUCUCCGCAGUCGCUUCAGACCUGGCGCCCACCCAAGCCGAGGUGCCAGCUCAGCCAGACCCUCCAGCCGUUGUGGAACCUCAACAGGAGAGGGAGCAGACACCAGCGCAGGCCUCUGCAGACGCACCGGCCACGCAGCCGACUCAGCCUGCGCAGGCCGCGCAGGGUAGCAGGGGCGAACUUUUCUUAGAACUGUUCGCAGGCACAGCUCGUAUGUCUAAGGCAUUCGCCAGGCUGGGCCUGCAAGUUUUGGCAGUCGAUUCAGUCAAGCCCAGUGGUGUUGCAGGGCUCAGCCUAGAUCUGGCACAGCCUCCAAGCCAGAAGUUAGUCCUUGAUCUUCUUCGCUCCAAAAGGAUCUUUGCAGUGCAUCUAGCCCCACCGUGCGGAACCAGUAGUGCCGCGAGAAAUAUUUAUGCAGGUGCAGGCUCCCCUCAGCCACUCCGCAGCCCGCUGCACCCCGACGGGCUACCAACCCUGGGGUUCUUGCAGAGACAGCGUGUCAGGGCAGCGAACAGACUUUACCAGUUCACAGCACUCGUCAUCAGGGCUUGCAUUGAAGCCGACAUUUGCUGGUCCUUGGAAAAUCCGCAAUCAAGUUUGUUUUGGUUGUGUACCCCUAUCCAGAGCCUCUGGAAGGACAACAAGGACAAAAUCCAUUUCGGGACGUUCGACAGCUGCGUUUACGGGGGAGCCAGGCGGAAGGCGACCACGUUUUGGUCGAGCGCCAAGUCAGUCACAGCCUUGACAUUGAGAUGCCACCCGGGCCUCAAUCAUGUACACCUGCCUUGGGGCAAGUCUGGAUCAGUUUGGUCCACCGCAGAAGAGGCUGCGUACCCACAAGCCCUUCGCAGGCAUUGGGCAGCUCUGCUCACACAGGAGCUUGUAGCCACGAAGGGACUGCAGGAACCGGGCAUGUCGCAUGGCACUCAGCGUUUCGCAGCCGCUGAAAGGGCAUCUUUGGGUCUGUUUCCCAAGGCCACGCAUGCGCCAGUUGCCGUAGACCCCUUUCAGGGCCAGCAGUGGGUGCAGCUGAACGGCGACUCUGACAGGAUAAAGUUUGUGCCAGGUGUACGCCUUCAGGACGCAAGUUUUCCUAAGGGCUCCACCACAGUGAAAGUAGUGGUGGAGCAAGGAGUCUGGUGGGCCUUAGUCGGACAGCCAGUGGAGCCAGCAGACUUCCUCAAGGCAGCAGUGGCCAGUCAGCACCCAGCCUGCUCGUUGCCGCCACUGCCUGAAGCCCUUGAGAGAACAGUGAGCAGCCUCAGCAGUCGCAGUCUGUCGGAAAUUCACAAGUUGCGUUGUCAGCGGCUGCGCUCCCUGUGUGACAUGGCUAGGGAAUUGCAAGAGCAGGAGGAUUCAGACCACAGUCAGUUGCAGCCUCACCUGAGAGACAUCCUCAAAGGGAAGCGUCUCAGGCUGUUUGACACCAUCCUGCAGGGAAUAGGUUUUCCUGACAAGCAGCUAGUCCGUGACAUGCGCUCAGGUUUUCGGAUCACAGGUUGGCUGCCUGAUACAGACACUCGGCCCAGCAAGGUUGUGCCGCCAGUCAUGCACAGAGAAGAGGUCUGGGAUAUCAGGAAAAAGCACAACCACCAGAUCUGGAGCCAGUGCAAGCCAAGCGCAGACCCCAAGCUAGACAGGGAGCUGUGGGAGCAAAGCCUCAAAGAGUGUGCCCAAGGCUGGGCCACCUUGGAAACUGGCCACACUCAGGCUCCAGAGAACUGCGUCUUAGGCCGCCGCUUCCCUGUCGUUCAAGGCGACAAAACGAGGCCAAUCGACGAUCUCUCAGUCAGCUCAGUCAACUCCAGCCUAGGCUCAGACGAAAAGAUAGUGGUGCAGCCGUCCUCCAGCACCAUAUCGCUGGCGUUGCACAUACAGUCUCGAUGCCUCUCCAGCAAGCGGAAGGCAUCGCAGCCAGCAGGCAUGAAAGGGAGGACAUUUGAUCUGAAGACAGCUUUCAAGCAGUUAGGCAUAGCCACAGAAGACCUCCCCUUUGCAAAGGUCUCAGUAUGGAAUCCAGACGCUGCUGCUCCUGCAGUACUAGCGCUCAAAGCCCUGCCCUUCGGAGCCACAGGCAGUGUGCACGGCUUCAGCCGCUGCAGUCUUGCAAUCUGGCAAAUUGCAGUCUGCCUUUUGUUGCUUCCUCUUACUGUAUUCUUCGAUGAUUACACCUCAGUCACAGUGGCAGAAGACAGCCAGAGCGUAGAGACCUGCUUCUUGCUUCUCUUGAAGCUGUUGGGCUGGCGCGCAGCCCUGGACGGCAGCAAAGCACAGUCUUUCGCAGAGAGCUUUGUCAGCCUAGGAAUAGCCUACAUUCUGCCUAGAACGCCCUCAGGCUUUGUCAGAGUCAGCAACACAGAAGGCAGGAAGCAGGAAGUGACCGCGACUUGCCAGAGGGCCUUAGCCUCAGGAAAGUUCUCUCCUGCGGAGUGCCUGGCGUUCGCAGGCAGGCUCAGAUGGCUGGACGCCCAAGUCUUUGGCCGGAAGGGCCGAUGGGCUUUCCGCACCAUACUCGAGCACGGUACCAGACCAGGCCGGAACAGACAACUGCAGCUCUCGCCUCAGUUGAGAGAUGCGCUCGAAUGGGUGCAGCUGCACGUACCCACAGCCAAGCCUAGGGCCUUCAAAAGGCCCCCGACGAAGGCGUACAACGUUUUUACGGACGGCAGUUUUGAAGCAGGGCUUGGACGCAUAGGCGGAGUGCUUUGCAGCCCCACAGGCCAAAUCACAGAGUGGUUCCAGGCAACAGUACAACAGGAUAUGGUGCAGGCUUGGCUGCAUGAGGGGACUAGCCAUCCGAUUCUGCAGUGUGAAAUGCUGGCAGUCUGUGUAGCAGCCGCCCUGUGGAGUUCAGCCAUGGCCGAGUGGCCAGUGACGUGGUGGAUAGACAAUGACGCAGUCAGACACUGCCUCAUUAGCGCCAGAGGUUUUCCUGAGUCCAACUACAGACUUUUACAGACGGUCCUUUGUUGCGAAGAAGAGUUCAUGCUUCAGUCGUGGUUUGCCAGAGUGCCUAGCGCUAGCAACCCUGCAGACGCGCCCAGCAGGGGCGAAGCAGCCGAGUUUCUUAGACACGCCACCGAGAGGGAAGUGAAGGUGGGGUGGUUGCGCUGUUUGGCGAGAGGGUCAGUCCCACAGCAGUUCCUGCGGCCAGCAGACUGA